AUACAGAGCUGGACCGCGAGCGCAUGCGACUGACGUUCUUUCCCCCACUGCGGCUGACGAACCCUCGAAGGCGACUUGCUACCGGUACCGUCUGAACCUACCUGAAUCCUGCGCACCCUCUGCUUGAGUACUUGCACUGCGCAUCAUGUCCCUCGAUCCCUUGUCCACCGUCGUCACCGCGCUCAAGCGCGAACAACUCAUCCCCGAUGUCCUUCCCGAGACAUUCUAUCCCUCUGGUGUCUUCUCUAUCGUGUUCCCAAGUGGGAGGAAGGUUACGAUCGGCGAAGAGAUCCCCCUCGAAGACACGGUCGAUGAGCCCGAUAUCAUCUUCUCCCCCAUGAGCGUCGCCGAGCCGGGCACGGGCGAGAUUCGUGCAGGAGCGGCGGCGCAGGAGGCGACGUACACGCUUGUGAUGCUCGACCCCGACGCGCCAUCGCGCGAGAAUCCGCAGUUUAGGUCGUUUAGGCAUUGGGUGAUCACAGGCCUCAAAGCGCCUGCCGCCACCUCUGCCACGACGAACAAUCUCGCGGCGCUCAAGAUGAAGACCGCCACGACGCCAUACCGGCCACCUGGUCCUCGCCCGGGUAGUGGGUUGCAUCGCUACACCUUCCUCCUCUUCCAAGAGCCCGCCGCGGACUCGUUCGCCAUACCCGAAGGAGCGCCAGAGUACGGCUCCGCUCUGGAGGAGCGCCGCAGCUGGAACGGGGUGGAGUUUGGGGAGAGAUACGGGCUGAAGCUCGUCGCGGCGAAUUUCUUCUUGAUUAGGUCGGCGCCGGCGGAGGCUUGAGCGACGAGGUCGCUGUUGAAUGAGGUUUCAAGCAUGGAUAGUAUCGGGUGUAUGCACGAAGAGGAUCAGGUGUAUGCACGAAUAGGCUCAGGUGUAUGUACGAAUAGGAUGCGUUGCGGAUUAACCAAAAUCUAGUAUGAACUAUAGCGGGUACUGUAUUAUAGUCGAACGUCUAGGUGGUCCAUAGGUGACAGAUCAACCUUUCUUGUCGAAGUACUCGGACACGCGGUCAAUCAGGUCUGCCUUCUUGCCCGAGACUGGCAGACUCUUGCUCUUCAGGAAUUCCUUGAGUUGGUCGACGCGAAG